AGUUUUGUGAAGGUAUAAUCACUUGGUUGUUUAAAGUGGAUGUGUCCACAUCUUUAAAACCUAAUGCACCUGUAUAGCAGACUGUGGUGAAACUGUCUAACAAAUUUGAAAUUUCUGACAGUUUGCAUGGAAAUGUAGAUUUCUGACUUCAACAGAUUUGCAGUGGGUUGGCUGAAGCCCAUACUCCAAUAUCAAUGACGAAAGAAGCUACAAGUGGUUUUUGUGCUGUUGUGCAUGUGACUUAAAAUUUUUUCCCAUUCUGUGAGAGGCCUCAAAAUGUACUUUUGGAGUUGCAUACAACCUCUGGAAGUUGGUUGUUUGCAUAACUAAUUGUAGGCAAAAAUCUGCUCUGAAGCUUAAAAUAUUCUUUGGCCUUUCCCAGUAGUUGGGUGAAAGUGUUAUCUAGAGGAUGCGUUUUGCUGGUUUACUUCCCAUUUAAAGUGCAGAGUCAUGGUGAAGCCUGAUUGCCUGCUAUGCUCCUAGUAAGUUCCUCUUAAAGGCAGAUAAGUUUCUAAGAUACAGCUCAAAAUUCCUUUCUCAUGCUUGUGUGAGUUUAGGAACUUGGAAGAAAGUAAAAAAGCUAAUGUUUCUGGCACUUCAGCAAGGAUGUUGGUGUUCCAUUUGUCACUGAUGAUCAAGCUUUUCUUCCAGUUGGAUGCAUCAGUUUGUCCUGACAAGUGUGACUGCUCUUCAAAAAAUGCAAUUCAUUGCUCUGGUCCCUACAUAAAAGACCUGGAAUCUUUAAAUCUGCCUUGCAACAUGACACAAAUCCACAUAACGAACACUAAUGUGCCGUACUUGCAGGAUGUUUUUUCUAGGAUGGUGGAACUUCAGCAUCUCAUCUUGUCUUCAAACAACAUCUCUCUAGUUUCACCAAUGGCUUUUAAAGGCUUGAGAAGUCUGAAAGUCCUCACACUGCUAGAUAAUAAGCUUGUUGAGCUUCCUCCAGAAGUGUUUGAUGACAUGGUGCAGCUUCAGCAAUUGAUCAUCGAAAGUAACAGGUUGAAAUCCAUCGAGGAAAAUCUGUUUGACAAACUAGCUAGUUUGGAAGAACUUUAUUUGAACAAAAACCAACUAACAGCACUUCCCAGUGAUGUGCUGAAGAAUCUUAUCAAACUCAAAGUACUGAACUUGUCAAGAAAUUACUUAGCAGCACUGCCUAGAAAUAUAUUCAGUGCAUUAACCAGACUUGAGAAGCUGAUGCUGUAUUUUAACAGGCUGUCUUCAAUAGAGUCUGGUAUGUUUGAUAAGCUGACAGAGCUGCAGGAACUCUUCCUGCAUUGCAAUAACAUCCAGUCCAUUGCCCCUGAUGCAUUUCAUUCUCUUCACAAACUGAGACGCCUGACGCUCUCCAGAAACAAGCUUGAGGUUUUGCCUUCUGGGCUGUUUUUGCACUUGCAUGACCUGUGUAAACUGACCUUAUACAGGAACCCACUGAAGUCUCUUCCAGAAGUAUUGUUUGGAGAAAUGAGGCAUCUUGGUAGCCUGUGGCUGUAUCACACAAAGCUCUCAACAAUACCAGACUUUGUGUUCAGUAACUUGACAAAUUUAGAGCUUCUUGUGCUGAGUUUUAAUCCAGAGCUUACGGUUCUUCCUAGGAAUGUAUUCAGUGGCCUGAAUGAACUGCGAGGCCUUUCUCUGCAUACAAAUAAUAUUUCCAGAUUGCCAGAGGGCAUAUUUCUGAGCCUUCAGAAACUGCAGAACGUUUCCCUCUUUGAUACAAGGCUUGAGGUUCUUCCUAGAAACCUCUUUCAUAGUCUCAAGCACCUCCAGAAGGUUUACCUGAAUAGUACUAAGCUGCAGUCUCUUCCUGCAGAUUUCUUUGCUGCUUUACCUGAGCUGCAAGAAGUUGUUCUUGACGACAACCCUUGGAAAUGUGAUUGCCAAAUUCUUGGUUUCCGAGAGUGGCUCCAAAAGAGCAUGGAGAUAGUUAAAGAUGUGCCAUCUCUAAUGUGCCACAGCCCGCUGGCACUGCAGAAUAUUUCUCUUGUGGCUCUAACUAUCAGUGACCCGAAGUGCCUGCCAACCACAGCCAUUACGUAUCAGACAUUCAGCUCAACUUAUUCCCAGACCUUGAUGUCUCCUGUGAUGGAGCACUUUAGAUCAUCUUGGGAGAUUUCUGUAACAGCAGUGUUUGACAUGGGAAGCAGCACACCCACAUCAGUUCCUCCUGAAACUCCAGGUUUUACCUACUCCCAUGUUGAAGAUGUUGAACAGCCUGGAUUUAGUUUCUCAGAUGUUCCAAUACAAACUUCUCCCAGCGUCAUAGCACAAAGUGACAGUGUCAGAGGAACAGAUUUAACUACUCUUGUCUGGUGGGAUGGGUUGCCAGCCCACAGAAGUGCUAAACCCUAUUUUAAUACCAGAAUUGCUUAUUGCCAGCUAUUCUUGUGCCUUCACAGUUUGAUUUUAGCACUCCAGACCGUAACCAUUGUGCUCAGUCUGUAUGUGAUGGGUAAAACCAGGCAACUUUUGCACUCCAGAAAUACUUCUGCUCAGCCUGUAGUACUGAUAAGAUUGUUAAGAAGAUAAAUCAUACUAGCCCAAGAGAGGAUUAGAAGCAUUGCCUUGGAUGCAAUUUGAGCAGUUGAUACUCAACUCAGAUCUGGAUUACAAAUCUUCAUAGCAAGGACCAUAAAGACCUUGUCUGUACAGCAUAAUGAAAAUGUGCUUUUACGUACAUCACAGUUUUUGCCAGAAGUGGCUGUAAUCACUGUACAUUGCUGCAGCACUAGGUGCAGGAACCCAGAGGGAGAGCUGAAAGUGCCUGUGGUCACCUCUACAUGUCCUCUGUGCCGUUUCCUGCUUUGGCCUUCAGCCCUGUC